CCUGAAUUUCAAGGACCCGGAGGCGGUGAGAGCUCUGACGUGCACCCUCCUGAAGGAGGAUUUUGGGCUUACGAUUGACAUCCCCGUGGAAAGGCUUAUUCCCACCGUUCCCCUGAGGCUGAACUAUAUCCACUGGGUGGAGGAUCUCAUCGGUCACCAGGAGGCUGACAAGCAAGCCCUUAGGCGAGGCAUUGACAUAGGGACAGGGGCAUCUUGCAUAUACCCGUUACUUGGAGCAACUUUGAAUGGCUGGUAUUUUCUUGCAACAGAAGUGGAUGAUAUGUGCUUCAAUUAUGCCAAGAAGAAUGUGGAACAGAAUAACUUGUCUGAUCUUAUAAAAGUGGUUAAGGUACCACAGAAGACCCUUCUUAUGGAUGCACUGAAAGAGGAAUCUGAGAUCAUUUAUGAUUUCUGCAUGUGCAACCCUCCCUUUUUUGCCAACCAGUUGGAAGCAAAGGGAGUAAAUUCUCGAAAUCCACGGCGUCCCCCUCCCAGUUCUGUAAAUACGGGAGGGAUCACAGAAAUCAUGGCCGAGGGGGGAGAACUAGAAUUUGUCAAAAGAAUUAUUCAUGAUAGUCUACAGCUUAAAAAGAGGUUACGGUGGUACAGUUGCAUGUUGGGGAAGAAAUGCAGUUUAGCACCAUUGAAAGAGGAACUUCGAAUCCAGGGGGUUCCUAAGGUUACUCAUACUGAAUUCUGUCAAGGACGCACCAUGAGGUGGGCACUGGCAUGGAGUUUCUAUGAUGAUGUACAAGUACCAUCACCUCCUUCUAAAAGAAGAAAAUUAGAAAAACCCCGAAAACCAAUUACAUUUAUGGUCUUGGCUUCUACAGUCAAAGAGUUAUCCAUCAAAGCUGCAGCUAUGGGCUGGGAUGCUGUAGAAGCUCUUGCUGUGGUUAGAGCCUGGGUGGAGAAGAUUCUCACGGAUCUGAAGGUUCAGCAUAAACGUGUUCCCUGUGGAAAGGAUGAAGUUAGCCUGUUUGUGACUGCCAUUGAAAACUCCUGGAUUCAUCUGAGGAGAAAGAAACGAGAGAGCAUAAGACAAUUACGAGAACUUCCUCGAGCUUCUGAAGAUACUCUGCAAGCAAUGGAGGUGGAAAAAAUGAGCCAGAAGAGUGUGAGCAAUGAUUCAGACUGUGAAAACUCCAAGACUGAAGACUCUGAAAUGGGGCUUAUUGUACCUGAUGAGGAUGUCCCCUCGACUGCAGGUGACGAGCUAACAGAAGAGUCUGCUGCCAGAGAAGAAUGCAGUGAGCACAUGAAGGAGGAGGAGACAGAAGCGGAGCAGGGAGAAACAUCACUUGGCAAAGGUUCCAGUAAUGCAAAGGAGAAACCUUGCCCUUCAGAGGAAGCGAGCAGUCUGACAGUUCAAAAAGAAAAAAGUCCCAAAGAAACUAGGUGUUUUCUUUUUAAGUGUUUAAUGAAUGUGAAGAAAGAAGGAGAUGAUGUAUUAGUAGAAAUGCACUGGGUUGAAGGACAGAACAGAGACUUGAUGAACCAGCUAUGCACAUACUUACGGAACCAAAUUCUUCGACUUGUUGGUAGUUAG